AUGUGGUACUUGAUUGUACUUGUUGUAGCUUUUUACAAUGAAAAAAUGUAGCUUUUUACAAUGAAAGAAUUGAGUCUGUGUCUGAGUGAUGAUGAAAUAAAAAUUGAGUGAAGUUGAAUGCAAGAGAUGUCUCUGUGAAGAUAUUUGAGAUUGAGAAUGUAUGAGUAUCCUCUUGUUCUUCUCAUCUUUUACUAGGUAGCAGAGUUCCUUAAUCAAUUGACGAAAGCAAACAACUCGUACAAAAACAAAUCCUUAUCUUUAUCAUCAGUUGGAUGUCGCGCGACAAAGAAAUGUCCUUAAAUCUUAAUCAUCAGUUGGAUGUCGCGCGGCAGAUGUCCUUUUUCGGAAUACCUGGUGGUGAGAUACGCGCAGCAGUGGAGAAAGUAGUCACGUCGCAGUGUGACCAUCUUGCUGCUCCAGUUCUCGAACGCUUGUUAACACACCUCGAUAUGACACUUACAGAGGCUGUGGCGCCUUCCUCGACGCUUUCCCCAUUUUCUACAACGGGGGGCAGCGUUCUCUUGAAUUCAGAAUCAGAACAGGAGCCUUCUGCUGUAGUACAACAAGCAUGACUGAAAUAUUUUAAGGUUGUUAAUGGGAGGACCUUUGCAGACAUUUUUCCUACAGACAUGCUAAUUAUUUCCUAGAAGAAAAGACUUUGUCUGCAAUAAAUGAACACUUUUCGAAUUUGACAUGUUGUCAAGUAGAAGUCACGCUUUCGCAAAAAACAUUGACCUG